CAGCGGCUGGCAGCUCUCAUAUGCAAGGCCUUAUGUCUCGAGCUUCCAAAUAUGACUUUUUUAUCCAGAAGCUAAAAACAGGAGAGUCUUUGAGACCACAGAAUGGAAACACAUACAAGAAACCCUCCAAAUACGACCUGGAGAAUGUCAAGUAUCUUCACCUUUUUAAACCAGGAGAAGGGAACCAGGACAUGGGAGGCUCUAUAGCUUUUAAAACCGGGAAAGUUGGGCGGCCUUCCAAGUAUGAUGUACGUAAUAUCCAAAAGCUUACUCCCUUGAAAGCAGCUGCGGUUGUACCAAGUAUGUCCCCUGCUCCUAUCACAAGCACUCCCUCCACCCCUGUGCCUGCAUCUGAGCAACCAGUAGCGUUGCCUUUCAACACUCCAGAAUAUCUCAAAUCAACCUUCUCUAAGACAGACUCCAUCACUACAGGAACAGUCUCCACUGUGAAAUUUUCAGGCAGCCAACACUGCGGUCACAUUCACUGUGCAUAUCAGUACCGGGAACACUACCACUGCCUGGACCCGGAGUGUAACUACCAGAGAUUUACCAGUAAGCAAGAUGUGAUCCGCCAUUACAACAUGCACAAAAAACGCGACAACUCUCUGCAGCAC